GAUUGAAGAACUCUUACUCUUCAUUAUCACACUCAAAAGCAAAACCAAAUCACGAUCACCCUGUCAGUAAUUCAUAUGGCACACCUGAACCAGCCAUUGAUAGUCACUUUCCUUUCUAUCCUUUUAUGUCUUGCUGCAGUUGAUCCAUCUUUGGCUCUGCAGAAACCCUCAAACCAAAACCAAACAAUGACUUACAUAGAGUCCUCUUGCCAAGGAACAAGGUUCCCUGAUCUGUGCAUACGUUGCCUAGCCAGAUUUUCAAAUUCCACCAUUGAUGGCCCUCAGCACUUGGCCCAUAUUGCCCUUUCGGUGAGCCUCUUAAGGGCACUAAAAACUAGGGCAUACUUGUUAAAAGUGGCCAAGGAACUUGAAGGGUUCAAGAAUGAUAGAGUGUACCUUACUGUGCAAGAUUGUGUAAUGCAACUGAAUGAUAGUGUUGACCAACUUUGCCAAUCCAUCAAAGAGCUCCGCAGGAUAAACAAAAGCACCAUCAUAGAUGACAACUUAUUGUGGCACAUAAGUAAUGUUGAGACAUGGGUAAGCACUGCCUUAACAGAUGCUAGCUAUUGUGUUCAAUCGUUCCCUGGAACAAAGAUGAGUAAGAGGACUGCUACUAUAAAGUUUAAGGCACAAAAUGUUGCAGAGGUCACUAGUAAUGCACUGAAUUUAUUUCACAGAUAUGCUUCUAGUUACCAUGUAGCAGCUAGAGCCACCAUGAAACCCUAAUUAACGUAUGCUACUAUUUUUUCUUAUCAGUCACAUAACAUAUAUGCUACUUAUAAUCUCUUAUUUAGUCAUGCGAAUGUCACAUGGUUUCUUCUUUAGGUUGGUUAACAUCAAUUGUCCUUAGCUAAAAAUAAUAUGCAUAUGGACGUGUAAAUCAGUACAAUAAGGUUGAAACAAGUUUUGUUUGUUAUACAAUUUUAUUGAUUAUUCAAUGUAAUUGUGACUGUUA